GACACAAGGGCAGUUCCUUUCUUCAGAACAUCUUCUCCCGAAUUUCAGUGGCCAAAGAGAAGAUGGUUUGUGGCACAGCCGUCUCAGGCCCGAGACCUCCCCUUCUCAUUCUGCUGCUUCUCCUCUCAGGAAAGCUAUGUUGGAUGCUGAAGAUGCAGUGGGUGCCUACUUCCGUGCUGGGGUCCCCAGGGGACAAUGUGAACCUGAUGUGUAAUUAUGAUACAAAGACAUCUGAGACGAAUCUCCAUGUUGACUGGAUUCAGAUCAAGUGGUACCAGAACGUAUCAGCCACAGCCAAUAUAACAGAGACGGAGGCAAACAUGGAAGGGAGGAUUCGAUACAACAAGAAAGUCCUAGAAAUCAAAAAUGCACAAAAGAACGACAGUGCACUAUAUCGGUGCAGAGUAACAGUGGGGGAUAAAAAAUACAAGUCCUGUGGGACAUAUCUGAGGAUUCAAGAGGCUGAGCCCUACGCUUUCUUUAACCUUGGGGAGACAACAAAGAACAGAAUGAUCACAGUGGAAGGAGUAGUGCUUCUCCUGUGUACAAUCAUUCCGGGGACUUUCCUACUGUAUAAGAAGCGCUGGGAAAACCUAACGUUAUUAACCACGUCACAGAUAGGGGAUAACAUUUAUGAGGGUUUGAAUCUUGAAGAGUGUUCUACAUAUGAGGACAUCACUCGUGGUCUGCAGGCCACAUAUGAAGACGUGGGCUCCUUGCGGGGCACUGACAUUCAACUGGAGAAACCCUAACUGGGCUCAAAUUACUGGCCAACUUUUGUAGUAAGAGCCCCUCUCACCUCUGCCCAUAGCAAUAACUGGGUCAUUCUCAGAGGUGCAACUCUUUGUUCUGCAUAUUAGCAAAUGCUUCUUAUUACAUUGCUAAAGAGAUGUGAAGGUUCAUUCACUUAGCUGCCCAGAAUGUUAAUGGGCCCCUUGUUCCUGGUUAGUGAGGAUAAGUAUACAAUCUUGCUUUUAUGCUGAGUGCUUUUUGCACAAAUGUGUUGGUAACUCAAAAUAAGCUUUAAUUGGGAUCCAGUUCUUUUCUUCAAGAGGGUCCCACGUGCAACUCUUCCUCUGCCCACUGCCGGCUUUCCCUAUCAAAAGAGCCCUCUGGGUUUCCCUAUACAGUAGUACCCAGUCAGACCCAGGACCCAGUACCCAGGACUGGAACAUACACUAUGGGGCAGAUUUAUCAAAAUGUGAUUUUAGAGUUUAAUACAUAAACUCACCCAGCUUCUAUUCAUUCCUAUGAGAUUUUUAGAAGCGUAAUUUCACCCAUGGAUAAAUACAGUUCUAAAAGUCCCAUAGGAAUGAAUAGAGAGUGGGUGAUUUUUAUGUAUUAAGCUCUAAGCUCACAUUUUGAUAAAUUUGCCCCUAUCUGUUGUUGAGCAUUCUAUCAGCUUGCUGGGAAAAUAUACAAAGAUAUGAAUUUUUCUAAUGAUUCCUCCUAAAUAUUAUGUUUAUUUUUUAAUGAUAAAAAUAUAUAUUACUUUUUUCUUUUACUGUUUCUCACUUAAUAAAUCCUUUUGAUAACCAA